GCGCUCUCUUAGCACAGCCCUCCGCAGCUGGCGUUGUGGGUGCACGCAAAGUUCAAACGCCGUCUCGCCGGACGCGUCGGCGUACGUCUGCACUCCCCGUGUUGUGGCGGCCGCCAAGCCGAUACCGCGGCGCGUCGGAAGCAAGCGCCGAGAAGGAAAAACAAAGCGCGGCAACCGGCGUUUACGAGGUCGCCCAGUCGUCUAUCCGCGCAAACGAGCGGCGGGGAGCCGGGUCAAACUGUUCCCCGGCGGCCGCGCUGACGACUUCGAGAGUCUCGUCGGUCCCUCGUCGGUUUGUUUCAAUCGUACCGCCGGCGUGGCGAUGCCUCAGCUGCAGAUCACGUGACCAACCCCGCCCCCUCACUUUCGUGCACGUGCAGCCUCGAGCGGCAGACCAUUAGCGUCAGCGCCGCAUGGACGAGCGUCAGCUGCGUUACAGGCUAAGAAGACCUCGGAACGCUGGUGACGGUACAGGAAUGAGGUCCCUUCAGAUGAGCUCCGGCUACACUGAGGACUUCCGGUUUGGCUCCAUGGUCAGCCGGAAGUACUGUUGCGCUUCCGGACUUGCCGUUGCCGUACUAGGCGUCAUCUUCGGUGUCUUGCUGGGGCACUUCGCCAUGCGGGGCGGCGGCAGUUCCAAGUCUGACCAACUCGGGCUGCCGGAGGCAGACGCUGUAGGUCAGAUUAGGAGUGCGCUUGAUGACGUCACCACGUUUCUCAACAAGUACGACUAUGAGACGACGCUGCGGACGUUCGUCGAAAUGCCAAAGCUGGGUGGCACAGCGGGCGAGAGAACCUCGGCGGAGUACGUGGCGAAGAUGUGGGAAACGCAAGGCCUCGAGGACGUCCACUUGACUCCUUUCAAGGCGUACUUCUCACACCCGGAUCCCGACCGCCAGAGUCAGAUAUCCAUCAUUGACAGCCAAGGAAAAGUCGUGUACUCGGUCACAAGACAGAAGACUGGCUCCGUAGAGCCCUACCUGGCGUACUCUGCCGGCACUGGAAAUACGCCUGUUGUAGCAGAAGUUGUUUACGCCAAUUAUGGACGACCGGACGACUUUGCCUACCUACACAAGGCCGGCAUCAACGUCACCGGAAAGAUCGUUGUGAUCCGGUUCGGUCGCGUGUUUCGCGGCAACAAGGUGAAAGAAGCGGAGAGGCAAGGUGCCUCGGCGGUCAUCCUCUACCCCGAUCCGGCAGACUACGCCCUGCAGCCACAACGACCGUUUCCGGAGUCCAUGUCCCUACCGGCGUCGGCAGUCGCCUCUGGAACACUCUCGCUCGUUAAUGGAGACCCCCUGACACCCAUUUACCCAGCUACAGAGGACGCUUUCAGAAUACCUCUAAGGGAGGCAAACCUUCCUGGAAUCCCAGCGUUCACGGCGUCCUUCGAGGAAGCAGCCCAGAUACUCAGACGUCUGGAUGGACCAGCAUCACCUGAAGCGUGGACAGGAGACUUGAACAUCGGCACCUACCGGCUUGGACCCGGUUUCAGGGAUGCGAAGGAAAUGAAAUUGGAGGUCCACCUAAAAAAUGGCCUGGCAAUGACGUACAAUGUCAUAGGAAAAAUAACCGGAAUCGAAGAACCUGAGAAACUUGUGUUGGUGGGAAACCAUCGAGAUGCUUGGACGCCCGGUGCAUUCGAUCCUGUCAGCGGAACAGUGGCGCUGAUGGCCGUCACUGAAGCCUACGGGAAAAUGGCCGGGAAAGGUUGGAGGCCUCGUCGUACGCUUGUGUUUUGCAGCUGGGGCGCUGAAGAGUUCGGCCUGAUUGGAUCCCAGGAAUGGGUCGAGCAACAUCGCGUGCAACUGCAUCACCAGGCGGUCGCAUACCUCAACGUAGACAUCGCUGUUCAGGGAAACGGUACUCUAGAAGUGUCCUCAAGUCCACUGCUGGCCCACUUGAUCUGGGAAUCGACGAAGAAGCUCCCAAAUCCUGACAAGGAGGAAGUCGCCCACGGGAGGAUGUCAGUGUUCGACACCUGGCUCGAAAAUUCUCCAUCAUUCAAUAACCCUGACACCGAGCCAAGGUUCUUGGAUCUCGCGUCGGACAGUGAUUACGCACCAUUCUACCACGAACUUGGCAUUCCCAGUGUCGACGUUCGCUAUGCUUGUCGCAACCAGAGCUUCGACUCUUGCUUGCCUCUUUAUCACACUAUCUACGAGAACGAAAUGGCUUACAAGAUGGUCGACAAAGAGUUCUCGUUCCUUCGAGCUGUGGCGCAGCUGCUAGCCUCAGCAGCGCACGAGCUGGCGGUGCCUGCACUGCUGCCCCACACGGUGCGGCCGUACGCGGCGGCACUGAACGAGAGCCUGGCCGAGCUGCGUGUACUCUACGCCACUCACAUCGAGGACCAACGGAUCGACGUGGGGCCACUAAUCUCGGCUGUGGAGAGCUUCUCCCAAGCAGCAGACGCUGUUGAGCGGGAGAGACAGAACAGCAAAACUUUCAGAAACGUGAACAACAAGCUGAUGCUUCUGGAGCGAGCCUUCAUCGACAGUCCGGGCAUCCUUGCAGGGAACAUGUACAGGAACCACACGUGGGGGACCUACUUAAGUAAGCAUGUUGUGUUCGGCGUCAGCUUCGAUGACUCCAACGUUGGAUCUCGGUUCACCGCCUUGAAGAAAGCCCUGGUCGAGGCAUCGCCCCUCGCGACGCCGCUAAUGGCAUCGUUGACUUACCACAUAAGGGCGGCGGCGGACAUUCUCGUGGACUCACUUUGAUGACGCCGCGACGGCAAACUCGCAACGCACACCGCAUGUUGCAUAUCGUGCAUAACUUUUGCUGCCUAAAGAGACUUUAGAAUCGUCGCCCUUCUGCAAAUUGCAGCAGUCGUGGUGUUAAGAUAAUCAUAAGAUGAACAGGUGAAGUGCCUCAGACUGACUGGCCGACGUUUCGAUAGGAGGACUUUCAAAGGCGCCGUGUCAUCCUUGGCGUGUUAGUUUUAAAGGUUUGGUGGUGACGCUAUCUCAUGGUGGUGACGAGUGUCCCUGUCGGUGAUCGACGCCUGAAAAGCAAGAUACUAUAAAGCAGAAGAGUUCAGGCACUUCACCAGCUCAUCUUAUGAUUAUCCCACCACGUUGUUUCCAUCUGUCGGCUCCCCUCAAAAUUUUGUAUUAAGAGCCAUGGUGGUUAGUCCUGUGCGGUAAGCAUCGGCACCGGAAGAAUGUUUUUGGGUGGGGGCGCAGCGCAGAGAUUAAGCUAUUAGUAGAGUGCUAUUACGUUAAAGUACUACCACUAGCAAGACAUUUGUUCGUAUAUCUUUUCUUUAAAUCGAGGUAUAACUGUACAAGCUUGUUAUCCCAGCGUAAACAAUGAACACUAGUAAAGCUAUGAGCCUCGACCUUAAUUACUUCAUCCAUGGGUAACGAAGUAUUCCGUGUAUUGAGCAGUUGUAAAAUUUCUUGAUGAUAUAGUUUCAAUAUCUAAAAUAUUUUGUCUAUUGAAUUAUUUACAAAAACAACUUUCUUGCGGUUCCCCUUGUAUUAUAUAUACCUGGGUUCGACUGUAUUAGAACAAAGGGAGUGUAUCUCUUCAAGUCUUUAAUAUUCGCGCUGAGCCCUGAUCGUGAUAGAUCAACUAGCCCAAAAAGCCUCCUCCCUAAGUCAUUCUUACUAUAGAGUUGAGGUGCGCAGAACUUUUUAACUUCAUUGUGCCCUAUUCAUUGUUUUACUUAUUUUUUUUGGCUCGAAAACAUCACUGAUGGUUCGAAAUAUGAUGUCAUAUCAGACUAAUUUUAACAAAUUUGUUUUUUUUUUCAUUUUACUACCAGCGUGAGUGCCGCAUGCUAAAAAAAAAUCUUAGCAUUCGCUUACUGCCCGCUUGCUUCUUAGCGCAGAAUUACGUAGUUUACUUAAAUUCAUGAAAAGUAUACGUAUCAGAAGAAAGUACACCAGAAGAGGGUUUCAUUAGAAGUCGAUAUGAAGGGCAACACAAAGUUGUGCUCUGUGUUUCGUUACACCGUAAACAUUUUUCUUGCGGUACUUCGGGUCUCGUGUGCCAUUCAAACUUCUGGCGCCAAGGUCAAGUAAAGCUAGCAAAGGCAGUAAAGUUACCGACGAUCCGCAAACUCGCCCUUAGGUCUACUCAUUUAUAUCGGGCCGUGAGUAGGGGUCUCAGUUAUUCCUGACGAGUUCGAGAGCAAGUAAAUCCGGUUGAGAAAAGAAGAUGGUAGUCGUAUGAGCUGGGGUGAGUCCGGUUAGCCAAAAUUUGGGUGAAGCUAAUUCCCAUCAAGCCUUAAGCGCUAAACAUAUUACUUGAGCGAGUCUUAGCGAACUACCUCUUCUUCGCCAACCUAUGAUAUGCUCCGAAUACACUGCUGGCGUGAGGAUUAAUGUCGCUGUUCAUACUAUCGAGCCGAACUUUUUGUCCUAUUCAUAUCAUGAACCAUUGAAGUAUAUUAGUCCACGUUAAAUAACCGAGAAAAAGUAUGACACGCUCGUUUGAAGGAUGUCGGUGAUGCUGUGUUGCGGUGUUUUCAUCCGUACAAUAACAGCAAAGAAGGCUAGUCAGAACUGGACAAAAAAGUGACCGCGUAUGCAUCGUUUGGCAGCUCUCACAGCUACGAAGGCGAGACACUUGAGCUUUAUAAUUUGCGCACAGCUUGCAUUGUAUGUCUAAUUAGCCUGUUGUAUCGCUGAUGAUGGGACAGCAGCGACAUGGAAGAUUGCAGUGAACACGUCACAGUCUUCCAACCAAACAGCUGAAGUACCAUAAUACUGUAGAAGUAUACAUCGCAAUAAGCACAAGUGCCACGCAUCGUCCACGCCCGUAUAGUUCCGAAUAAAAUGUUGUUUUGUCCACCUUCGCGACUAAGAAUCGACGUCGUGUAAACUGGUUCGCAAUACAAAGAAGCCAGAUGUGCUUGCGCUGGCCUAGUUCUGAAACUACAGUGACCUAACGAAAUCGGAGCCCUGCUACUCAGCGAUAGUUUACUUGCACAAGUUGACAGAAAUACAUCUACAUCCUUUAAAAACGCCUUGUUUGCUCAAGCCCAUAUAACAGUUUACCUUCUGUUCGUUUCUUGUGCUCAGUGAAUGCCAUCUCGCUAAAAUUCACAUCCUGUUGUUCAGCACUCUUCAGUCCACGGUCCAGGAAAGGUGUAAGUCCCCUUUCAUGAUCAGCAUCUCAGAAUUAUUAGUUCAGAAAUCUUUUUAAUCCAACCAAGCGUCUUUUCUGUAAGUGUACUGCAUCUGACGUUUGGUGUUUUCUGAUCUCGUGUGUUUCUGUUGUGCUUCAAAUGCAAGACAUCGUGUGCUUUUGGUGUUUCUUGGACGUCAGCCAGACUUUCCCAUUUAUUCUGUACAGGUUCUUUUCUGUUUAGACUGCAUACUUAGCUUAUUCUGUGUAUAUGCCUUAUAACUGUAGCAUUUUUGGUUUUAUACCUUCCUUGUAAAGCACUAACGCAAUGUGAAAUAAAGUUGAUGAUACAAAAAACUGA